UCCGGGCAGGUAGAGCCGGGCUCGGGGCGCUCCAGGGCCGCAGCAGCUGUCGCCCCACCUCGCCUCGGCCCUGCGCACAGCCUCGCGCGCCCAUGGCGGGCUCGGAGCAGCAGCGGCCGCGGCGGCAGGACGACGGAGACUCGGCCGCGGCGGCGGCGGCGGCACCCCUGCAGGACGCGGAGCUGGCCCUGGCUGGCAUCAACAUGCUGCUCAACAACGGCUUCAGGGAGUCGGACCAGCUUUUCAAACAAUACAGAAAUCAUAGCCCAUUAAUGAGUUUUGGAGCCAGCUUCGUCAGUUUUUUGAACGCCAUGAUGACAUUUGAGGAAGAAAAAAUGCAGUUGGCGUGUGAUGACUUAAAGACGACAGAGAAACUGUGUGAAAGCGAAGAGGCUGGAGUAAUUGAAACCAUCAAGAAUAAAAUUAAGAAAAAUGUUGAUGUCCGAAAAUCUGCCCCCUCUAUGGUUGAUCGGCUUCAGAGGCAGAUAAUCAUAGCUGACUGUCAAGUUUAUCUGGCUGUGCUCUCGUUUGUGAAACAAGAAUUGUCAGCCUAUAUAAAAGGUGGGUGGAUCCUUAGGAAAGCCUGGAAGAUUUACAAUAAAUGCUAUCUGGACAUCAGUGCCCUUCAGGAGCUGUAUCAAAAGAAGCUAACUGAAGAGCCUUUGACUUCUGACGCUGCAAAUGAUAAUCACAUUGUGGCUGAAGGGGUGUCUGAGGAGUCUCUAAACAGACUGAAAGGUGCUGUUAGCUUUGGAUAUGGCCUUUUUCACCUUUGCAUAUCCAUGGUGCCCCCCAACCUGCUCAAAAUCAUCAACCUGCUGGGUUUUCCUGGAGACCGCCUGCAAGGGCUUUCUUCACUGAUGUAUGCAAGCGAAAGUAAGGACAUGAAGGCCCCUUUAGCUACAUUGGCUCUGCUCUGGUAUCAUACUGUAGUCCGUCCGUUUUUUGCCUUGGAUGGCAGUGAUAACAAAGCAGGCCUGGAUGAAGCAAAGGAAAUUCUUCUCAAAAAAGAAGCUGCUUAUCCAAAUUCUUCCCUCUUCAUGUUUUUCAAGGGACGCAUACAACGAUUAGAGUGUCAAAUCAACAGUGCCUUGACUUCUUUCCAUACCGCCUUGGAGCUUGCGAUAGAUCAGCGAGAAAUCCAACACGUCUGUCUGUAUGAAAUUGGUUGGUGCAGCAUGAUAGAGCUGAACUUCAAGGAUGCAUUUGAUUCCUUUGAGAGGCUAAAAAACGAGUCCAGGUGGUCGCAGUGCUAUUAUGCCUAUCUAACUGCGGGGGGUCCUGUGUGGAUGGUAAGGUGUGUCAGGAGCUCCCGAGAAGGGGACGGAUCACUUCUGUCCUGCAAGCUGCCAUUGGAGUUGGCCCUGAAGGACAGGUGCUUGUCGACAGGCAGACCUAGAGAGGAAGCUCACUCAGGGACCAGAAUCACUGCCACCAGAGGCUUCGUUUCUGGUACUUAUAUAUUUUUAUUUGAAUUUGUUGGCACAAACUUAGCUGAUCAUUCUAACCACCUGCAGGCAGAGAGGUUUCGGAAACAAGCUCCAACCAAAGCACUGUGUGUGCUGGCCUCCAUCGAGGUGUUGUACCUGUGGAAAGCCCUUCCCAACUGUUCCUUCCCCAACCUGCAGAGGAUGAGUCAAGCUUGCCACGCAGUGGAUGAUUCAUCUGUCGUUGGAUUAAAGUAUUUGCUUCUUGGUGCCAUACACAAAUGUCUAGGAAACUCAGAAGAUGCUGUUCAGUUCUUCCAGCGAGCUGUUAAAGAUGAGUUGUGUCGUCAGAAUAACUUAUACGUUCAGCCAUAUGCCUGCUAUGAACUUGGCUGCCUUCUGUUAGAUAAACCAGAGACUGUAGCAAGAGGCAGAACUCUACUUCUUCAAGCAAAGGAGGAUUUCUCUGGCUACGACUUUGAAAACAGAUUGCAUGUCCGCAUCCAUGCUGCUCUGGCCUCUCUGAGGGAACUGGUUCCUCAGUGACGACACGGGGUUUCUGCUCUGUCCCUCCCCACCAGGUUCUGCACUUUAAAAUAAAAGCAGAGGACACAGCUCUUCCGAAGAUCGGCUUUUCUUCUGAAAACCACCUGUGCCAGGGACACAUUUUCCGACUUAGGCUGACAUAUUCAAGAUCUCCUCUUUUAAACAUAUAGCUGAGAAGUAAUGAUGAUGAUCCUAGUAAUUAUAACUAACCACCUGGGGAGAGGGCUAAGUGACCUUGUUCAAACAUUUUAGUUUUGUGAUUUAUUAUUUUUAAAAUAAAAUCAAACUAAAUAUUCAACCUGUGAUCCUCUAGGAACGCCUACCUUAAGCACACAUCUGACUGGGUAACGCUAGGAGGUACCUGUAAAAUUAUCAACAGUAUUAUGACAUAGCGUUUCUAUUGUGUUUUGAAAGAAAAAAGUGCUUUCUAGUGUUUUCCUUUAUCCUCUAACUUGUGAAUAGCAUAGCACAGCACAGAUAUUCUUAUCCCCAUUGUCUAGACAAUGAAACUCAGGCACAAAAAGGCUAAUUGACUUGUCCCAAUUGAUUAUUCCUGUUAGCAGUGGAGCAAUGACUAGAACGCAGAUCUCCUGAUCCCAGAUAGAAUAUUCUUGUUAAAAAAAUGUUAAUAACCCAGAAUUUUGUUUUCCUUAUUAAAACACAAAUGCUCUUCAGCUGAAGUUGUGUCAUCAAAAAAUGCUUAUCUUCAGAUUGUCUGCAGAAUGUUUUACAGUAAUGCACACUUUAUUUCCUUUGAAAGCCAAUGAAGUAGGAGCAAAUAGAUAGUUUUACAACCAAAAAUAGAACUAUUUUCCUAGUUUAUUAGAAGGUCUAGUCUAUAGGCUAGAUAAAUAAUACCUACAUUUUAGGAGUUUCCUUUUCUUUGUGAUAAAUUGUCUAAUUACCAGCUUUUGGAAGUCUUUUAACAAAUUACUUGAAAAGGUUAUUCUUGAAUGAACAUAGGUUUUUUUUUGCCUCAGAAUAUUUGCUCGUGAAGGCUUUGCUGGGCUAUCUGUUGCCAGGGUUUAAUCAUUUUCUCCUUAGCUCAGGUUAUUCUAUAAAAGGAAUUCAAAGUUAAUUUUUAAUCCUUCAUUGCUAAUUUUUAUUGUCAUUUAAUUUACCUCUUUGUCCAGUACUGCACACCUGUGGUUUGGAAGAGUCUAAAUACCUCAGCCACUUAAGAAUUUCUGCCAUAAUUGUGUGACUAACUUGGCUCAGGCUUAAGGUUAGACUUUUUAAAAUUUAUAUUGAGUUAAAGAGUAUCAUCUUGGGGUGUCAUGUACAUAUCCUUUUAGCUGAAGCAUGAUCUCAUGUGAUGUUAAUACUUUAAUAUUUCUUUUCAAAAUAAAACAGAGGAGCAGCUAGAAUGUUGACAGCUUUAACCUACUUAAUCUGGUUUUGAGGGAAUGAUCAUUUCUUUGAAAGAAAUAAUUAUUCCUCACUGACUUUGACUAAACUAUAUUCAAGAUUCCUCACUUCCCAAGUGUUUAUUCACGUUGACUUUCUUUCUGGUGUGAAUCCUGCAUAGAUUUUUGACACUAGCCAGAGAGAAAAGAUUGCUAUCUUACAUUCAGUGAAUGAGUAGAUCCAGAAGCCAAGUAGAUGCUUUCUGAAGAGAAAAAUUGGUGUUUAAAAAUAUUGGAUACCUAAUUUCAUCAAGGCUUGAGGGAAGAACAUUAUGAAUCUGUAAAAUAUGGCUCUUGCCAUUUUGUCCUCUUUGGGUAUAGCAUAUAUGAGGCAAACUUCCCAGUUAUGAUUGUGGAGCAUUCUGAAUCACGAAGUUCUUGCUUUAGUUCAUACUUACUUGAAUUUUCAGUUCAAAUAUUGUUUGAACUAUUAUUCAGUAUUCAGAGAUUACAUAAAGCCCUGUACUUUAAAAUGAAAAGUUGUUCCUAUACUAACUGCUUUAAAAAUUUAUUUGUAUCUCUCCAGAGAGAUUUCAGGGUUUCAAAUAAUUUUGUGUCCAGUUCACUUACCUGCAUAGACAACUAUACAAUACCACUUUAAUAGAGAGUAGGUUUGAUUAUAAACUGUCUCCUAUGUUUGGUGCAGGAUAGCCCCUGGUUCAUCCUGUGGUUUAUGUGUGUUAACAGGGUGGUAGAGUAUGGAGAUGGGGUAGAUGAUGAUUCUAAAGUCUCUAAAAUAACAAAACCACAGUACAGGUAUAUGGUACCAUUAGAUUGACUGAAAUCUGAGUACAUUUUUGAGUGGAGUAAUUCGUGACAUUUUUCUGGCCUGCAUGCCAUGACUUAUCCAAUCUGUGAACUGUGAUCUGCCUGGAAACUUAGCUUGGUGUAAAUUGCUCUUUACCCCUCGCGGAUGAAGAAAAUAAUCAUAUAACCAGAACAAGUUGGCAUCUAUGUGUGCUUUGUUGGCAUCACGUACUCCUUCCCCAUUCCUAUUUUGGAGGCUCUCAAAUGGAUCUUCUAAUUUAUGAGUGUCAAAUGUAUUUUUGUAUUAGAUUUUGCCUAUGAUGAAAGAAAUCUCUAAUGUAUAUUUAUGUACUCUGAACAUAUUUAUGAUUUGACACACUUUGGAGGCAUGGUCUAAUGUAAUAUAUGUAAC